GCUUUCAUUUCUGUCGUUAGACGGUUAAAGCUAGAGAAGCUGGCAGUAGUUAAAUAGCAGUGGCAGAGGAUGGUGUGUUAAGUUGUUUUGUUUCGAAAUACCUCAGUUAUUCGGCGAAUACCAAAUUUUUUACUUAUUAUACUCAUUGGAAAUACAUAUGCAUUUGACCAUUAUAUAAUCCGUUACUACAUUUGGAACCCUACGUCAGCAAUUGGCCAAGCCAACUCUGGACGAUGACGACAUGAAGUGCAAAUUUUCUUUAAACGAAAUCCAAAUUUGUGGAUCACAGUUUUACUAUAUCGAAAUUGAUCGUGAAAUAUUUUUGUAAAUAUUCUUUUGAAAAUUUGACACAAAUUCUUCAAAUACAGAAAAAAAAUCAUCGACGGAAGUGAACAAUUCCGGAAAAAAAAACUUUUGCUGUGCGCACUUCAGUUGUUGUAGGAUUCUAUAAAUAGACUCAGUUAUUCUGGUUAAUACUGCAAAAUGGGGUGUGGUCUUUCACUUUGUCGCAAAUCCGAUCCAAACUCCUUUCCAGGAUCGCAUGCUGCAACUUCUUUAUCAAUAAAGAGAAACUCGGUUAGCACAAGUCCAGCUAGAAGGAGUGACAACGACCAACUCAAUGAAGAAAUUAAAGAAACGGAUGAUUUUGAAAAAGAGUUGCUGGAACUAAACGAAGAGAAAACUGAAAGGGAAGGUGAUAUGUCCCCUCCGCCAACCUUAGACGAGUCCAUGUCAGAUCACGACUCUUCGCCCGUGACGAUAGCUGCUAUUGUAACUUCGAAGACUCUGGAGUCUCCUCGAAGUGUGAUUUUCACAUCAUUAAGUAGACCAACCAGUGGUUCAUCAGAAAUCCCCAAGAAUUCGGAGGAUUUUAAAGAAGCAGCGGAUUCAUUUGAUGUGAACCGCCGAGUUACUUCGGCUUCAAACAUUCUCGAUUCAGAACCGGAUCUACCAUCAGUACCCAUUGACGAAGUAACAGAUGAGAUGAAUCUUGCUGCUAUUCAAAUACAGUCAGCAUAUCGAGGGCAUCGAGCAAGGAGAGAAAUAAUGGCAACUAACCAAAAUACGGAAAUUGACACGCCCUCGGUAGAUUUGGUUGAGAACAAGGAAGAAGAAUUUGAAAACGAGCAUAUCGAGGGGGAAGUCGAAAAAAUUGAAUUAAAAGAAAGCAAUGAAGAAGACAAAACAAAAGAAAUUGAUGAUAACGUUCAAACAGAUGGGGAAGAAGCUUGUACAUACAAUACCGAUGUAAUUGACUCGGAAUCGGUUGAAAAGAUCUCCGUGGAUAAUGGUGUAUUGGAAGAAGUUUUAGAAGGAAGGACCGACGAUGAAAUUAAUUGCACAGAAGAAAAUUUAGAGGCGCAAACGGAAGAGUUUGUUGAAUCAUUAAUAGAACAAGACUUUACUGAUCCUGUUGAUCCGAUAGAUGAAAUUAAUGAACAGGACGGAGACAACAUUCCUCAAUCAAACAUGAUUAAUUCCGACAAUACCGUGGACUUUGUUUUAGAAGCGACGGAAGUACUUUCAACUGGGGCAAUAGAAGGUGCUCAACUGGAUCAAGAAAAUUGCGAAGCAAGUGACAAGGAAGCUGAAUCUCAAGAAGACAACGGCUUCGAGGAAGAAUUUGAAAAAACAGGCAGUCCUGAAAUGAAUGAGUAUGUAGAAAAAGCUGACAUUGAAAUCGAAAAUGAUCUUUUAACGGAAGAAGAUUCUCAACAAAUUGAUUAUUCAAAUAUUGAAAUGCCAGAGGAUAAACUUGAACUUGAAAAAAUGCAAGAUGACCCAUCGGGAUUAGAAAGUCAUUGCGAUGAUGAAAUUUCGGAAAAUGCUCCAUUGACAGAAAAUCCUGAGCCUAGUGUCGAUCUCCAAGAGGAAAACAUUUAUCCGCCGGACAUGGGUGAGACCAUACCUACCGAUGAAAGAGCUGUAGUGACCGAAGACAACGAAUGGUCCGACUCUAAUCAUAGUCCAUUUGUAGACAAAAUCUCAAGUCCUCAAUUGAACGAAGAUGACGAUCUUAACCAACCUUUAAGUUCAGAUGUUAUGGCAUGUCAAGAAAAUAAUUCAGAAACCGAAGAAGUGCACAAUUACGACGCCUCAGCAAACAUGUUAAGAAGUGACGAAGAAGAAAAUGACACAACAAUAACCGAAGCAGAAACCAAUUCUGAAAUAUCAAAGAGCAUUUUAGAAUGGAUUGAACAGGAAGAUGCCGCACCACAACAAGAAGAAAAUUCAGCAGAAUCGGCCCCGUGUGUACUAGGAGAGAUAGAAACCGUUUCUAACUUGAGCGAUCAUUUGGCUGACCUCACAGAAAAUACAACAAAUUUAGAUGAUGAAACGACAAUAGGCCUACUGGAGAAUAACAUGAUUACCCCUAGUGAUAAUGAGGAUCAUUUGAAGGACACUAAUGAACAAAACGUUGAGUCGGGAGAUAGCCAUGAUGACACGGAUUUAAAAGAGAUUGAAAACAACGUCGCAGUAGAUCAAGACGAUAACGCCUUGUUUGAAGAGGUUGACCAAGAUGCAUCUAAUGAUGACGAAGAAGAAAUCUGGAGCAAAUUGCAGAAAGACAUUGAGUUAGAAGAAGAACAGCAACAUCUUGCAGCCAUCAAAAUUCAAUCUUCGUUCCGUGGCUACAAGACGCGCAAAGAUUUGAACCUCGCCUCUGAUCAAAAAGAGAUUGUAAAAUCAAACGACGAUACCUCCGAACCAACGGACAAUAAUCCAGAGGGAAAUAUUUCUAUGGAAGGGAAUCAGUUUUCUGCAUUGGAAUCUACAUCGGAAAAAUCAUUAGAGGAUAAUGAUCAUGACGACGGGUUAUCUGAAGCUCUUGCUGGCGUUACCGAAACAAUUGCCUCAGUUGCUUUAUUUAUGACGGAUACACCUCAACCUAACUCCACUAUACCUUUUUCAGAAAAUACUCCUGAAGGGGAAAUCAACGAAGUUCAAAAUAAUGAUAAUGACGAAGAAAUUGCUCAGGCACUAUUAGCCAAUGUCAACGAAGUCAAUGACGUUACAGAAGAAUCCAUGCCUAAUGGAGAAGAAAUCAAUAACAUUCAGCUUAUUGAUUCUUAUGUUAUUAUAUCUUCAAUACCAGACAUUCCCAAUAGUCCAACCAUACCAGACACAUCAAACAUCGAAGAUAACCAGGAAAGUGAAACAAAUUCUGACGAAGAAAAAAAUAGUAGUGCUACUACGAUAGUGGAUAACACGGUAAACGAAAUUGUAACCUCUGAUCCAGAGGUUGUUUUUGAGUUGUAUGUCGAAUCCAAUGAAACUACCAACGAUGGCCUUUUGGAAUCAUCUUGGCAACCAAAAGAAAACUCGCCGCAAAGCUUAAAUUAUAAUUACCUGGAACAAGAUGAAAUUCCUAAGAUAAAGCGGAACUUUGAGGAAGAGCAGGAAAACGCAGCUGCAACGAAGAUUCAAGCUGGUUAUCGAGGAUAUCAAGAUAGAAAACGUUUAAAAAUAAUGCAAAAUCAGUUUGACGAAAAUCAGGUAACGAACAAUGAAGAGGAUGAACAUUUAAACGACGAAAUAGAAAAUGCCGCCGCUACAAAAAUUCAAGCUGGUUAUCGUGGACAGCAAGACAGAAAACGUGUAAAACAUUUGAAAGAUAAAAUAACAGCAACUGGUAUGUUGGAGAGCGACGAAGUUCAGUUUGACGAAGCAACAAAGUUAUUUGGUUCUCACGAAAUCAUCCAACAUAACCCACAUAAUCUAACUUUAAUUGAGCUAGAAAACGCUGCUGCAACAAAAAUCCAAGCUAGUUAUCGGGGACAUCAAGAUCGUAAAAGAACAAAACAAUUCAAAGAUAAAAAAACCAACCCUGAUGCAGUGGGCAUCGAUGAACCUCGACUUUUUGAGAAAGAAAUUGUUCAAAAUGAUUCCGACGAAUACAUAGAGGAAACUCAAAAUCUACUAGAAACUGAACAAGAAAACUUUGCUGCCACUAAAAUUCAAUCUAGUUAUCGAGGACAUCAAGAUCGGAAGCGAGUAAAAAAUUUAAAAGAUCAGUUACGUUAUGACAGUAUACAGCCCAAUUCAGCUGUUAUCACUGAAACUCUUCAAUUUGAUGAAACAACUAAUUUGAAUGAUUCUUACAAAGAUAUUCACAGUAAUCAAGUGAAUUUUACUUCGAUUGAAGUAGAAAAUGCUGCAGCAACAAAAAUUCAAGCUGGUUAUCGGGGACAUCAAGAUCGUAAAAGAGUUAGAGAAUUAAAAGAUCAUAUUACGAAUCCUGAUAUUGUGGAUAUUGAUAAAACUCAACUUGUUAAAACCACAGACCUUAAUUCUUCUGACGACUUUGUUUUACAGACUCAACCUUACAUAACUUCGAUUGAAGUAGAAAACGCCGCUGCAACAAAAAUUCAAGCUGGAUAUCGGGGACAUCAAGAUCGGAAAAGAGUACAACAUCUUAAAAAUCAAAUUUCCGAAAAUAAAAUGUUAGACAAUAGCGAAAAUCCAUAUGAUAAUGAAACUAUUCCUUUUAUUUCCGAGGAUUAUGUUCUUAAAUCUACACAACCAGAAGUAUCCUUAUUGUUUGAAGAAGAAAACGCUGCUGCAACAAAAAUUCAAGCUAAUUUUCGGGGACAUCAAGAUCGGAAAAGAGUGCAACUUCUUAAAGUCAAUAAUCAAAUAGCAGAAAAUCAAGUAUUCGACAAUAAUGAAGAAAAUCAAUCUGAUGAAGAAUCUAUUCCUUUUAUUUCCGAUGAAUAUGUUCUUAAAUCGAAUCAACCAAAAGUAACUUCAUAUGAACAAGAAAACGCCGCUGCAACAAAAAUUCAAGCUAGUUAUCGGGGACAUCAAGAUAGGAAAAGAGUACAACAUCUUAAAGAUCAAAUAACAGAAAAUCAAGCAUUAGACAUUGAAGAAAAUCAAUCUGAUGACGAAUCUAUUCCGUUUAUUUCUGAUGAUUAUGUUCUUGAAUCUACUCAACCAGAAGUAACCUCGUUUGAAGAAGAAAACGCUGCUGCAAUAAAAAUUCAAGCUAGUUAUCGGGGGCAUCAAGAUCGGAAAAGAGUACAACAUCUUAAAGGUCAAAUAGCAGAAAAUGAAGUAUUAGACAAAAAAGAAAAUCAAUCAGUUGAAUCUAUUCAGUUAAUUUCUGACGAUAUUGUUCUAAAACCUACUCAACCAGAAACAAUCUCGUUUGAACAAGAAAACGACGCUGCAACAAAAAUUCAAGCGAGUUAUAGAGGCCAUCAAGAUCGGAAAAGAGUACGACACAUUAAAGAUCAAAAAGCAGAAAAUCAAGUAUUAGAUCAUGACAAAAAACAUUAUGAUGAAGAAUCUAUUUCGUUUAUUUCCGACGAUUGCGUUCUUAAACCUAUUCAACCAGAAGUAAUAACUUUGUUUGAACUAGAAAACGCUGCUGCAACAAAAAUUCAGGCUGGUUAUCGGGGACAUCAAGACCGGAAAAGAGUACAGCAUCUUAAAGGUCAAGUAGCCGAAAAUAUAGUAAUAGAGAAUGAAGAAAAUCAGCAUGUUCAAGGAACGCUUCAGAUUAAUUCUGAUGAAUAUGCUCUUAAACAUUCUCAACCAGAAGUAUCUUCGGUUGAACUAGAAAACGCUGCUGCCACAAAAAUUCAAGCGAGUUAUAGAGGACAUCAAGAUCGCAAACGAGUUAAACAUUUCAAAGCUGAAUUAACGUACGCAAAGAAAGCAGAUGAAAUUGAACUUGAUAAUACUAGUGCGGAAAAAACAAUAGUAUAUGAGUGCGACGAUUUAAUUCGAAAUGCAGCUGCCAGAUCAAACGUAACUUCAGCUGAACUAGAAAAUGCUGCUGCGACAAAAAUUCAAUCCGGAUUUCGAGGACACCAAGAUCGUAAAAGAGUACAACAUUUGAGAGAAAAUAAUUCAGCUUCGAAAUAAUUUCCUCGAAGAUACGUAGAUGAACGGAUAUUUCCACGUACUUACAUUUUGAUAGGCCUACUAGUUAGAAACAAUUUAGGAAUGCUUUUAAGUUUAAGAUUAUGAAAGUUAAGUAGUAUACCGUAUAGGUUUCUUUACAAACUAACUAUCAUAUUUGUUGUGGCAAAUAGAGUGGCUUACGUCCGAAGUUGCCAGUUCGAUUAAAGCGAAAAAAAAAAAAAAAAUUGGGCACGAACUGGUAAUUGUUCUUGCAUGGUGGCUUAUGGAGUUUCUUUGGUGUCAUUAUUAGUUUUAUUUUUCCAUUUCAGUCAUCUUCAGUUCCCUUUUAUAAUUGGAUAACUACGUUUCUUCGUUAUCUGGUGAUAUUAUUAUUUUUAUUUUACCUCGAUUUUCAUUGUAGUUUAUUUAUUGUUAAUUUUUAAGAAAACGGCAUUUUGGAUGUUUACAAAGACUAGUAUAGUACAUCCUGCGAUUCCUGCCCCGAGCAAAGAGGGAACCCCGUGCACUACUGCACCCCUUUGUCUCCUCUUAAGCUUCUUCUUCGUCUCUUUUUCCCAUUCUUCCCUUGGGCGGCAAGAAAUGGAUAUAUUUUUAUAAACGGUUAAUGACGGACGGGACGGGACGGACGGUUACAAAAAAAUAAAUAAUAAAUAAACUAAAAUGAAUAUCGAGGUAAAAUAAAAAUAAUAAUAUCACCUGAUAACGAAGGAAUGUAGUUAUCAAAUUAUAAAUGGGAACUGAAGAUGACUGAAAUGGGAAAAAAAAAACUAAUAAUGACACCGGCAAAACUUCAUAAACCACCAUGCAAGAACGAUUACAGUUCGCGUCCAUUUUUCUUAUUCGAUUUAUUCGAACUGGAAACUCGGACGUUGGCCACCUCUAUUGAAUCUAUUGCCACGAAGAUCGGCUGCUUGGCUGCGUCCUGGUAAGGAGUGUUGUCCCCCUAUACCCUAUCCGCGGGCCUGCUGAGACUAAGCUUGCACCUACUUCUCCGCCCCCCGCCCCCCCCCCCCCUAAAAAAAAAAAACCAUUGCCACAAUAUCACACGGGCCUUAUGUCCCAUAAGGCCCGUCCGUACUUGUUUCUUUUUUUUAAUUUUUGUAUGAAAGACAUUUGUGUUUAUUUCGAAAUAAAUUUAUGUUAAUCAUUAAGACCUGCUGGAUUUUCUUAUAUUUUUUCGUCUUCGAUCGCGUUAUUUUAAGCUUAGGAAAAUAAUUAUAAGAAGAAAUGGAGGGAAAGCGCUCCUAAAUUUCUAGUAGUAUAGUGCAGCGAUUGCAAAAAGAGACUCGUGAUCACAUCUGCAGCGACGCGAGUCUCUUGAAAUGGCUGCACUACUACUAGAAAUAGAGGUGCGCUUUCCCUCCCGCACGAAAGAUUGCUUGACUACUAAUAUACGAUACGAAGAUUACAGAACGUAUACCCAAAUUUACUUUUAGCCUCAUCUAUUAAAUCUAAUACACAUUUUUUGAUCGUAUUUUGUGUUGACGCUAAAAGAGAACUGAAGUCCUCUACCUAUAAUAUUAUAGUAGGCUUUACAAUAACAUACCAUAAAAUUAUGCCCUCUGAAUGGAGAGAAGAUCAAGCUCGGAUUCCUAGUUAAAAUCAGAAAAAAAUUAUAUUUAUUCCACAGUCUAUAGGCUACCCUGUAAUCUGUAAAGAUUAGUCGUGCACAAUUCAUCUUUGUACUUUAUACCAUAUAAAUUGAAAAUACAUUUGCGAAUACAACA